AUGGUGCUGGUGGAAGAGAUUGUGGAUGAGCCACAGGCAAGCUCGGGCUAUCCGAGUUCAGCUACCUCGUCCACUUUGAACCGAGGCUUUCUCGAGAAGGCAAAGGACAAGCCAUUGUACGGUCCAGAGGGCUCGGCAGAAGGGAAGGUUGACCCCAACACACACAAGGCGCACACCGAGCACAAACUCAACCAGGACCUCAAUGCCGGGAUGAACCGCGGUGCCGCCGAGAACAAUGGCAUAGAGAGACCUCCCUGGUACACAAAAGAGUGGCCGAAGGACUGCCAGUACAACUCGCCUGGAUGCACGCUGGACGACAUGGAAACUUCCGCCCACAAGUCGGACAUCCACAAGGACAUGGUGAGGGCCUCUGCGCGCUGGCAUGAUGCACUCGCCCCAGGUGUCCAGUCCAUGAGAUUCAGCUUUCUCCAGGCAACUGAUGAGGAUCUUGCUGAAGUCAUCGAGAAGCUGAAAGGCAACGAGGAUGUGACGGAACUUGACUUGUCACACAACCACAUCAAAGAUGCAGGCAUACAGGCUUUGGUUGCAGCUUUGUCGAGUGGAGCAGCUCCAAAGCUCCGAGAGCUCAAAGUGUACAGUAACGAGUUCGGGAAGCUGGGCGAGACGAUGCUCACGCAGGGCCUGCCCAUUUUCAGAAAGAAUUUGCAGGUGCAAUGGAAAGAGCCCAGCUGGGCGAAAAUCGUCCGCGAGGAAGUCUCCCAAGCUAAGGCCGGCACCGCUGCUGCACCGCCAGCUGCCUGA